CGCUAGUGUUGUUUUCUAGAGCCUGGGCUAGUUGAGACAGGCUUGGUGUGGAAAGUCCUGUAGCUUUGAAAACAACCGAAAAAGCUGCAGUUUUUGGAUACAGCUUAAGCCCAGGUCUUGGCACUGAACCCUCUCGAGAUGGCGUCCUCUAACCCUCUGAGACCCCAGAACAGAAGUCAGCAGGAUCAAGGAGGGGUCUUGAAACAUCAGGAGUUUAAGUCAAAAAGUGCUUCCUCGAAAAGAGGAUCUGAGAAUUUGGACCCCAAUGCUUCUGCUGAAAAUGGAAAAGGAGUCAGCAAACUCAAAGGGGUCAGCAGGCUUCCUGUUCUUGCCAAAUCUCUGCAACCGGCUCUAAGUGAACUCUCCCAAAAUCCCAGUCACAACAGAUGGGAACAGAGGCCUCUUACAAGUAAAGCUCAGAAAAAAAGGACCUGCACCAAACCUGUCCCUUUCAAUCUGUCCCAGUCACGCACACACAGUCAACGAAAUACUGGCAUUCCCCAAGAAAAACCACCCAUGACGCAUUCUACCCGACUGACACCAGGGGCAAAAGUGAGGAACUUGAAUCAUAGUGCCAAAACUGAAACUCCAAGCCAUAAAGCUACAACACCAGGUGUCCUCAGGGCUCAGGCCAACAGUUCACAGCGGCUGCAGCCUGGUAGUCAUGUAGAAAACUCAGUGUCAAAUAAAGACUCCACUGAUGUUCACCCACCUUCACAUAAAUCCGGACACAGCAGUCACACUGAUUUAAGUUCACGUUUAGGUAGCAUCACUCUUGUACCAUCUAAGCUUCCUGAAGACUCAGUUUUGAGUCAUUUAUGUAAAACAUCGCUCAGUAAAGUAGUUGUUAAUUUUGAUAAUCAAGAACCAAAGGACAAGCAGUGUUUCCCAUCAACUACACAAAGCCAUGUAAGCGUUAAAGGAUCGUCGUCAAAUCUUUCAUCAGCUGUGCACAGUGUCCUCCCAUGUGAGGGAUCGAAUACUUUUGGAGCACAAAACAUGAUGCCACGUUUAUCUACCUGCCCCCCCGGACCAGGAACCUCCAAUAAUCUGCCUCAAAGAGUGGUGAAGAAGAGUCGUGGCAUUGAUGUUACCACAGAAAAAGCCAGGCUGUUUUCCCCUGACCCAUCAGCGCUACGUAGUAUUCUACAGAGUGAUGGAACGAGACAGGGAGAGCAUGUUGGAGCAACACCCAGAGCAUCAACCUGUCCUACUGGCAGAGGAACUUCUAUUUAUUCAGCUCAAAGAAUACCUGCCAAAAAGACUCAAAAAGAAGCUCCAGUAGAGGCUAAAAGCCCUACAGGAAGUGCCUUCUCUCCUGAUCCAUCAGCGCUACGUGGUAUUCUACAGAACAAUGGAGCAACACCUCAUGCACCGACUGGCCUUACGGGCAGACCAACUUCUAUUUAUUCAGCUCAAAGAGUGCCAGUUAGGAAGCCUAAAACAGAUGAAUCAGCAGCUGUCAAAGCUCCUGCAGGAAAUGCUGUGUCCUUCUCCCCUGACCCUGCCGCCCUACGCAGUAUUCUGCUGAAUGAAGGUGUGAAGGCUGGCGGAGCAACACCUAGAGUUUCCACCUGUCCAACUGGCAGAGGAACCUCCAUUUACUCAGCCCAGAGAGUCCCAGUGAAGAAGAAUAAGCCUGAAGCCGUGGCAGCAGCAGCAACAACAACAUCUCAGUGUGCAAAUAGAACACCAGUGAUGAAGUGGACACCGCAGCGGGUCCCAAACACCAAACCCCAAUCACUGAGGAAACUUUGUACUACACAAAAGAUGUCCAGUUUACGGGGCUCCCCAGGUUUGCGUGAAUCCCACGACCCCAGUACUGGUCUCUUGGUGUGCCAGGAGGGGGAGGAUGUUGUUCAGAGGUUAUUUGAGGACCAAGAGCAGACAGAUGAUGACCAGAUAAACCAAAAUGGCAUUACUUCACAGGAGUUACUGAACAGCCACCAAAGUGCUAAAGCACAGUCAACAAUUAAAGACAAUUCUGAGAACGAAGGCAAGAAAACAGCUCAGCCUUUCAUACAAGCAGCACACAGAGGGUCAGUCAUUGUUUUCUCAUCAAGCAAAAGACUUGGGCCAGAGCGGUCUCAGGAUACUCUGAAGACUCUGCAGCUCUGUGAAGGCCAGCUUACAUCCCAUAACGCAUUACCACUGCAAUCAGACCAAAGCAGUGGAUCACAGAUCAAUCCCAGUUUAGACCUGCCUAAAGAAAGCCUAUCAAAAGCUCCUACUGUCACGCACUCUACCGCUGUGUCUGCUCUGCGACGGCGUCAUAUUCCUCUGGAGGAGAUGUUUCUGGAUGAUGAAUGUGCUACGUAUACUUCUCGCCUGCUGUCCUGCCCACUGCAGCCUCGCUGUGGCAACCCGGUGGCCACCACACUUCUGUUUCAAGACUCUACAUGUUUUUUACCCAUUGGCCUGUCCUCUCCUGUACGUCUGAGUCCAGUCCCUUCAGGUUCCUCUAUCAGAGCAUAAAGACAGAUAUCCCACAACACAUUGCACAUGCCAGUCUGUGUAUGUAAGACUGUCUGAAACAGUAUUUCUAGUUGCACUUGAUACGAAAUGUCAUUCAGUCAGAUGUAUCUGGCUACAGAUUCCACGAGCAGCAAAGUGUUGGACGAACACAAUAUUUGGUGGGAUUCACUGAAUGCAAAAUCUCUAAAUAUUGAACACUUUCAUUAUUUUUACACUGAACUUGUCACUUACUGGAAACACUGUGUGCUUUCCCCUUGUCUCUUGUAUGAAGUGUAUAAUAAAUGUGUAUAU